AAAUCAAUAUGCAUCAAGCGGAAAAAAUCUGGCGCUCUUUGCGUGGUUGCGUCACAGGGUGAUUCCUGUCGACAUCGCGCGUAACCCAGACAGACGUUCAAGACUUUGUUGAAUGCAGUUGCAAAAAACUCGAUUUAGAUUUUUCGAUAUUCGAAAAUUGCUAGCCAACUUGGUAUUUUUCGUCUUUGCCUCGCGUUUGUGGAUCUAAUCAACGUGUCCACAGUUUUGUAACGUUACGUUAGAUCGAAAACCAUCAUCUUAAAUUCGAUGGUGACCAACGAGGAUCGAAGACACGAUAACACCAUCAUCAUCGUCUAUAAUCGAGGUCUGGACGAAAUAAUACACGGUUCCGUUGAAUUUUAGCUGAACCAUGAUCUAAUCGUCGAAAAAUCUGGUCGUUUGCUUAGUAUUACAGUUUUGAAGACGAGACUAACUAUACUCUUAGCAUAUGGCAGACCUCCCUUCGGUUGUGCGGUAGCUUAUUAGUUAAGUUCAAAAGCAGCCGGGCUUGCAUAUAUUUUCAACUGGAAGAAUUUUCUUUUUUUUCUAAAAUUGAUUCAACAAGAUCGUUAGCAGGAAAUCAAACAGCCAACACCAAAAACCACCUAACUUUGUGGUUCUAACAAUACCCCACCAUGUUGGGUAUUAUGGAUCCUCACCAAGACACCGUCCGGAAUUGUAAAACGGAGGCUUUGCCUCCAGAGCGCAGGAAGAGAACUGUAGAGGAUUUCAAUAAGUUUUGCAGCUUUGUCCUGGCCUAUGCUGGGUAUAUCCCACCUCAGAAAGAAGAGAGUUCAUGGUCUCCAUCUUCAUCUCCAUGUCCACAUGAGCUUUCUGAGCUCUCGGGCGAAGGGUCCGUAAAGGAUAGCUGGACAGAGGCACACUCCAGCCUCGACAACAUUCACAGUUUAGUCCACAAAGCUGAGACCGACAGGAGCAGCACAGAGUUCAGCCAUCUUCAGUCAGACAGCCCCUUAGACAAGAUGAGAUUGAAAGACUCUCUGAACCAGAUCCAUCUACAUAGUAAAGCUGAGCGGAAGAAGGUGAAGAAACUCGGACGCUUCUCUUUAGGAGGGUCGAGAAAAAGCAUCUCGGAGGCAAGAGCACACAAACAAUCGAAAGCAGCGCUAAAGAAAAUGAAGAGAUCAGUAAAGGCUGAGAGACACUUUCAAUCCACAAGCCCUUUGAACGAGGUGCUUCAAAAGGAGGAGGAGCUAACAGAACAGGCCAUUCACAUGCAUGAGGCGGGGCUUAAACUGGAGUCCAAUCAAGAAACAGACCUGAGUUCUUGCGAUACGGACACAUUGGUGACUGAUGAGGAUAUUAUGGUAGAGUCUGGUGAUGAUUCAUGGGAUCUGAUUACAUGUUAUUGUGGGAAGCCUUUUGCCGGACGUCCCAUGAUUGAAUGUGAUGAGUGCUCCAUAUGGGUCCAUCUCUCCUGCGCUAAGAUUAAGAAGUCCAACGUACCUGAUAUUUUCUACUGCUACAGAUGCAGGGACUCUCAGGGCUCCACGGUCAAAAGAGACCACCGAGAAUGAAUGUAUGGGAGCAGAUCCUGUGUGUGUAUUUAAAUGAAUGAGACGUUCUCAUACCUGUGCUUUUUUCCUAUUCUGAUGACUCUUAAUUAGUUUCUGUUAAAUUAAUAAAAGACUCCAUUUGUCCUCCUUU